AUGAAGAAGGCAACUAAGGAGUGCUGGGAUGAGCGGAGUGAAGAAGCCUUUGGGGAAGUAAAGGCGAUUCUCACGCAACCACCGGUGAUGGGCCGACCGGAGAUAGGCCAUGACUUGCAGGUCUUUUUAGCGGCAACGGAAGAAGCUAUAAGUGCUGCGUUGGUCCAAGAAACCCCUCAAUUCAAGCUGGUAUACUUUGUUAGUAGAAGUCUUAAGGAUGCCGAAAAGAGAUAUCAACAGUUGGAAAAGGUGGCUCUGGCAUUGGUAUAUGCCGCUCGGCGCCUAAGGCCUUAUUUCCAAGGGCAUCAAGUGGUCGUCCGGACGGAUUACCCGAUUGCCAAAAUUUUGCAAAAACCGGACUUGGCGGGGAGAAUGAUAAGCUGGUCGGUGGAGUUGUCGGAGUUUGGGUUAAAGUUUGAGCCGAGGGGGUCCAUUCGAGGACAACAUCUUGCGGAUUUAGCGGGAGAAUUGUCAAGUGAACCGGAGGCCUACUGGUGGCAGCUGUCCGUUGAUGGAUCUUCUAACAAGCGUGGGGGAGGAGCAGGGGUAGUAUUAAAAGGACCGAACGAGAUCUUAAUAGAACAGUCGUUGGUCUUCCAGUUUAAGGUAAGUAACAAUCAGACGGAAUAUGAAGCCUUGAUAGCAGGAUUGGAGCUGGCUAGGGAUUUAGGGGCGAGUUGUUUGGAAUGCCGAACCGACUCGCAGUUAGUGGAGGGACAAGUGAAAGGCACUUUUCAAGUGAAGGAUGAUCAACUCUUGCAGUAUUUCAAUAGGGUGAAAAGAUUAGAAGCGGCUUUCGCGAAUUUUCGGCUACAAUAUGUGCCCCGAUCGGAGAAUGAGAGAGCGGACAGAUUGGCAAAAUUGGCGAGCGGGAAUGCAAAGGGGGGAUUGUCAACAGUUAUUAGACAGGUGGUGACUAGGCCAACGAUAGAGAGUUUUUGUGUGGUUACUGGGGAACAAAGCAAAAGCUGGAAGAACGAGGUUUUCGGGUUGAUAAGUAAACAGACUAGAGGGGAGACACUUGACCCGAACGAUGCUAAAAAGAUAGCGAGGUAUUGCUUGGUAGGGGAUGAUCUGUACCGAAGGGGUUAUGUCUCGCCCCUGCUUAAGUGUUUGGAGGAGAGGGAAGCGGAGUACGUGAUGAGGGAACUACAUGAAGGAGUGUGUGGAAGACACACAGGAGGAAAGGCCCUUCGGGCGAGGAUUUUGCGGGUGGGAUUUUUCUGGCCCUCCUUGGAAAAGGAUUGCAUGGCAUUUACCCGACGGUGUAAGGCUUGCCAGAAGCACGGGAAUGUAAUCCAUGAACCGGCAGCUGAGUUGCAGGGUAUUGUGUCCCCAUGGCCGUUUGCACAAUGGGGAAUGGACAUUGUUGGGCCAUUCCCGACCGGGAGGGUACAGAUGAAGUUUUUAUUGGUAGCGGUGGAUUACUUCACUAAAUGGGUGGAAGCUGAGCCGUUGGCCAAAAUCACUGCGUCUUAG